CUUCCCUUUUCUUCUCGCCUGCACCUCCCUCAUCUUUCCUCUAUGAUGACAUCGCCCUGGGGAAGAGAAGCUGAGAGGAACUCCUCACUCAGCUAGCUUCAGGAGCCAUGACAUCAUCUCUACCAUGGAAAUUCCACUCACUCUCCUGUGCCCCCACAUUUGUCCUAGGCCUCAGAGUCCCUAUAAAGAGAGAUUCCCAACUCAGUAUCAGCACAGGACACAGCUGGGUUCUGAAGCUUCUGAGUUCUGCAGCCUCACCUCUGAGAAAACCUCUUUUCCACCAACACCAUGAAGCUCUGCGUGACUGUCCUGUCUCUCCUCAUGCUAGUAGCUGCCUUCUGCUCUCCAGCGCUCUCAGCACCAAUGGGCUCAGACCCUCCCACUGCCUGCUGCUUUUCUUACACCGUGAGGAAGCUUCCUCGCAACUUUGUGGUAGAUUACUAUGAGACCAGCAGCCUCUGCUCCCAGCCAGCUGUGGUAUUCCAAACCAAAAGAGGCAAGCAAGUCUGCGCUGACCCCAGUGAGACCUGGGUCCAGGAGUACGUGUAUGACCUGGAACUGAACUGAGCUGCUCAGAGACAGGAAGUCUUCAGGGAAGGUCACCUGAGCCUGGAUGCUUCUCCAUGAGACACAUCUCCUCCACACUCAGGACUCCUCUCCGCAGUUCCUGUCCCUUCCCUUAAUUUAAUCUUUUUUAUGUGCCGUGUUAUUGUAUUAGGUGUCAUUUCCAUUAUUUAUAUUAGUUUAGCCAAAGGAUAAGUGUCCCCUAUGGGGAUGGUCCACUGUCACUGUUUCUCUGCUGUUGCAAAUACAUGGAUAACACCGUUAAUUCCAUGUGUUUUCAUAAUAAAACUUUAAGAUAAAAUGCAAACAGUU